UCGAUUUCAUUUACGUUAGAUCAGCGAAUAAUACGAAUAAAAUACUUGUUUCUCUCUCGUUCUUGUUCUUUCUCGUCUGUAUACGAGACGUAAAUCAUUUUAAAUCAUUUCUUUUCAACAACAAUCUUUAUAUCUAACAACAUCGUUUCUAUUUCUCUCGCAUAGAUUGUCACACAAUUAACAAUUGUCGAAUUAAAUACGAAAAAUGUAAUAUACGUAUUACGGGGAGAAGCAAAAAUUUACCCUUUCGUUAGUGCCGCUAAAUCCGCAUAAAAGGACGUCUACGAGAUAUUCGCUCGAGCCUGACAACAAGUUUUAACAGAUUUUCAUCUUUUAUACGCGAAUAAUAUAUACGCAGAGUGUGGACAAUUUGUUGCUGUUGCAAGUUGCGAGCUCUGAGUCGUGAACUAGAAGACUAGAAGAUAGAAAGCAUAUUUCGUUUAAAAUAUAUCAAUGUCGUAUAACAUUGUUCGAUAACUGGCUUGUAUCGUGAAGACGAUGUAACGAUACGAUUAAAAAGCGAACAUACUAUAAAGAGAUACCGUGACUGGUAAACUCGUACCAAGAAACGCAAUUAUUUCUUCCCACAACUUCAUGAAAGGCAAUGCUCGUUACUUUCUCGCAAUAAUAGAUCGUCGAAUUUCGAUUUCGCACAAAUUCGUUAAUAUUUAUAGGAAUACGUAUUACCUAGUAACUCUGAAAACAUCGUUUCGUUUAACGAUCUACCACAAAUAUUUUUACCUUCUUGUAUUUAAUUAAUUCUUAUAUUUAUAUAAUCAUAUUUCUUAUAAAAAUUCUUUUCACAUUUUUUGGAAGGUUAAACGUUCUGCUGUGUGUGUUUACGGUGAAAGUUGCAUAACGGCAAUGACUAAUCUUGAAACGAUCGUUUCGCUUCUCUAACGUAAAUGUCAAGACCUGAUCUUUGCAACAGAUCCUUGCGAUUUAAUUUAAUUUCACGUUAUUAUAUAUCGUCGAUUGCAUCGAUUUUGUUACAUAAUGUUGCCGCUAGAGCGGCUUAACUAGGACACAACGGGAUACGACGAAAGAAGACAAUGAAAGAGCCGAGUUACUCUAAUAACGAAGGUUCGUUAGGUAGAAUUUCAGAUCGGUUAAACUCGUUAAUUAACUUCAUUUUAUAUAGACUUUUAUUUUAACGAAGGUAACAGUUACGAGAAGCUUUAUGGAAAAUUAUUAUAAUUCGAUUAAUUGAAUUUCAAAUAACAACUGAUUUGUUUUGCUAAAAUUAAGAGAAAAUUGAAGCAUUAAGAAAUUGCAAAUUUUGUUGUGAAAGUAUACAUGGAGAUUGUUAAUCUAAAAUAGUUAACGUACGUAGCAAAAUAGCAAAUCGUUACAGAUUAAAUUCGCCAAAUAAUUCCUUUCUCAAAUACCGAUUAUUUAUACCGAUGUUAAUAUCGAUAUGAAAAUAUCAUUAUUAUUCUGUUUAAUGGUUUAUGGGCAUGAUAUUGGAGAAUAGUUCGGCAAUGGAAGGUAUCUUGUUUCUAAGAUUUAAAUCGAUCGUUUGAUUGUGAAUCGUUUGUUUGUAAAUCGUUAAAUAUGAAAGAAACGUCACGUAGGUAUUUAAAACACCAAGACAGGCACAGUUUGAUUGUCGAAGUAGUAGUAGGAGCGAUCAUCGAAUGAAAUUAGACGAAAUGAACAAAGCUGAUAGUAUGCUAAGUAUACGCUUCAUUAAGAACGAGAAGAGCUUGAUUUCAAAUAGCUGAUGUGCUUGCAGCAACCGCGUCAAACUUGACAAAUUUCAUCUGUCUAACUAAACGAACGACAGCUAAUCGUUACAUUUUAACCGCGUGAAUAAGGAGAAAGUUGGUUGGCAAUGAAAGUUACAAGUUAAACAAUUAUGUUGAUGCUUUUCGAAGAUACACAAGUACGUAUGUAGUAGGUGCAAGGAGUAUCCUGGAAUCUAAUUUAGUCGAACUGCUAGAUUGUAAAAGUGUUCGGUUGUAAAAAAUGCGUCCGGCUACUGGCAUAACGCUACUGAUUUUUAUCGGAUCUACGCGCGCAAUCUAUUAUUAUGUAACGAGUAUAAAAACUGAAAGGUAGGCUGAGACGCGAAACAGGUACGAACACAUCGAGCAGUGGACCAAGUGGAGAAAUGGGACCAGUUAUGUCACAACAGACGACAAAUAAUAGAAAUACCCAUAGGGUAUAAAUAUAUAUGUACAUACGUAUGUAUGUAUGUAGAUGAUUAUGAAAAGAUCUGCAAAUGAAACCCAUUUAUUUGAACGAAAUUAGCUGCACAAAUUAACAUUAAACUUCAAAGUUGAAGUAAACGAAAUAGACUCGAAGGUAUUGGCGGUGUUAGUAAAAAGUCGUCUUUAAGUAGUUUAAAAAAAAAUGAAAAAAGUGAAAAAUGAAAAAGAACGGAGGCGAAUAAAUCCUCUUUCUUCGAAGGAGGAGGAGGAGGGGGGGCGAGAGACGGGAGAAAUCAGUCAUAGAUUCAAUAAUAGUAAUCCACAUAAUACGCAUAUAGCAAUACAAUCGGAAAACAAACGAUAAAAGAAUCAUACCUAUAUCGUCCGUCAUCGUUACGAUUCAGACAGCUAUAACCUUUCAAGGAACUCAUGAUCGUUGUUUCUUCUCGUACUAAAUAUCAUCGACGGUGUUUAUCCUCGUACAUUCCUUGCUACUGCCGAAUAAUAUCAAACGCUUUACGAGAUGUAUUGGUAAUUAUCUGGUUCGCGUCGAUUGUUCGCGUUAAGUCAGCGAUAAUGCCUCCACCAUGGGCAGAUCCGUCGAGCAAUCCCUGCGCCGCUCAACCACGUGGCUGGCAAUUGUUAUUUUGGCCGCCGGAUGGAAAGUGUUACAAAAUAUUCCAGAUUGGAGCUCCAUGCCCAGAGACAAUGGAACUGGGUCCAGCUGCAGGUAGAGGUGGAACUGUAGCCGAAUGUAGAUGUCCUCCAGGAACUGUGCAAUCUCCUAGAGAUGCUCUUUGCCAUAAGAUAUAUACCAGAGCAUCCUGCUCGAAAGGACAAUUUUUUGCACCCGUUCCAAAGACUUCUGGCAAGUCUAGGUGGGGUGUCUGUCACGAUCCAGAGCCAUGUACGGGGAAAGGAGAAGUCUACUGGCCUAGGGAUGGCAAAUGUUACCCCAAAUUUAGCAAAGGGCCAUGCCCAAAAGGUGAACUCCUUGCUAUAGAUGAAGACGGAUUAACGGUAUGUUCCUGCUCUAGAAAUGGAGAACUUGGACGAUAUCACUGGGCGGGUAGUGUGGGUGGUUGCCAUGAACAUUACACUAAAGGCCCAUGUACGGAACCUGGAGAAUUAUUUUUACCAGGUGGCGUAUGUGGCUGUCACUCUAAAUUACCUCAUUACCAUGAACCAACUGCGAUGUGUUAUCAAUUAGGCGAUAUCGGACCAUGUCCGCAAGGGCAUCACUUUAUCGUAACAAGCACGAUAACCAAUGAAGAAAUAGUUCAAGCUAAGUGUGUAUGCAAGCCAGGUCAUGUUCUCUAUGAAAAUGGAUUUUGCUACAGACUUUACACAAAAGGACCUUGUGAAAACGGCUAUAUGCUAAUAAAUUCGACCACUUGUAUUCCUGUGCCUUGUAAACGGGGUCGACUAUAUUUUUCACAAGAAAAGACGUGUUACAAAAUAGGAACCAGAGGACCAUGUCCGAACGGACAAGUUGUUUUAUAUGAUUAUAAUAUACGACCAUCUGUUGAUGGAAUCAGUUACAAUGGAGUAUGUGGAUGUAUAAAUAUACUGACCGAUUCGAAAAAAUGUUCCGAAGAAGUUAAUGAUAGCUGCGAAUCUACGCCCGGAAUGGUGGAAAUAAAUAAAACCUGUUACAAAUUAUAUACACAAGGUCCGUGUACUGCAGGAGAAUGGUUGGUUGCACGAAGAAUGCCAAAACAGAGCUUAUGGAAGAACGAAGGAUCAGAGCCAAGGGCAAGAUGCGAAUGCAGACCCGGAUACAAAAGAAUCACGGACGGUCCACAAAUUUCUGAGUUAGAAAGUAAUAAUCUCUUCUCCCUGGGUAGUUGUCAGCCACCCACAGUAAGUUUAGCAAAGUUUCUCAAUGGAAGAGUAAAGUCAAUAAACUUUUAAGUAAAGAGGUCAAACUGUGUAUAAUAGCAUAUGGUGAUGAUAAAAUGAACUGUUUGAUAUGCAUUUUCUUUUAGAUAUUAUGUGUAAAUAACGUUGUAUAAAGGCUGCGCGUAAAAUGUUCUCAACAAUCUCGUGUGAAUUCCUCGAAUUUCUAUUUAUUUAAUAUCCUAGUUCUAUGAAAUUUUUCGUUUAAUUCCAUAGUUUAAGUCUGUACCGUUUUAAAAUUUGUUAUGCAGAUAUACUCGUAUUAAUAUAAUUCUAGUACUUAUUUUUAGUAUUACUAUAUUAUAAAUGUAUGCGAAAAGACUUUUGUCAAACCUAAUAAUUAAAUAUCACCUUUACUGCCAAUGUUUUGUAAAUACAUACAAUUUAUGGUGUCUCUUUUAGAAUAUAGUAAUUAGAUUUCUGAAAGCCGAUAAGAUUUUCUAGAAUGUGUCAAAUUUUAUAAAUACAUACG